ACACUUUUAGAAAGAGAAGAGACACAAUCGAAUGACCCUUCUCUGGAAAGCAGCCCCAGUCAGAUGCAGACAAGGAGAUGGGCCGUGUAAAUAACUGGUUGGCGAACACUUCGGUGAUUUCUCCAAAAGCAGGAUUCAGAAAAAGUAAUGGAAACUGGGAUCCCAGCUUAACAUGCUCUUGGUUUGCUGAUCUGUGAAUUAAUAAGGGUCGGCGACGUGUGCAACACAGGGAGACCGAGCCAUGGAAGGUGAGCUGCUCCUGUUGUCUAGCAUGAUCUUCCUACUCCAGGGAGCAUGUGGCUGCCCAGAGAAGUGCUUGUGUCACCCGUCUUCAAAUUCUGUAGACUGCAGUCACCAAGGUCUGGAUGAAGUCCCUCCUGAUCUCCCUCCUGACACGCUAACCUUGCUUUUGCAAGAUAACCAGAUAAGCCAGCUUCCUGCUCUUGCAUUUAGGACAGUGCCUCAGCUCAAGAUCUUAAAUCUGUCCAACAAUUCCCUUUCGACACUGGCCCCAGAAGCUUUCCAUGGACUUUGGGACUUGGAGGUUUUAAAUCUAACCCAGAAUUCCCUGCUUUCUUUGGAAAGCAGGAUUUUCCAGUUUCUCCCACAGCUGCGGGAGCUUGAUUUGUCCUCCAACAACAUCAGCCACCUACCCAAGUCCCUGGGCAAGCUGUGGGAGAAUCUCACUGUAUUCGCAGUGCAACACAACCAGCUUCAACAUCUCAGUCGUGAGCUCCUAGAAUCCAUGCCCGGGGUGAGGCUGCUGCUGCUCCACAGCAACCUCUGGAAAUGCAAUUGCCACCUGCUUGGUCUUAAACUCUGGCUGGAGAAAUUUAUCUACGAAGGGGGAAUAACAGAUGGCGUUGUCUGUGGGUCACCUGACACCUGGAAGGGGAAGAAUCUCCUUAAAAUUCCCCAUGAGCUGUACCAGCCCUGCCCUCCUCCUCUUCCUCCUCAUCUAGAGCUGGCAUCUUCCCAGGCUCAGCAUCACAGCUCUGAACACGGGGAGCUCCACAAGUCUCCUGAGGACCACAGCCUGGGCCCACAUGACCUCUCAGAGUGUGGGGUCAAACCCAAACCAAAGCCAGUCAACCUGCGUCACGCCGUGGCUACUGUUGUCAUCACUGGGGUUGUAUGUGGCAUCGUGUGCCUCAUGAUGCUGGCGGCUGCCAUCUACGGCUGCACCUACGCAGCCAUCACAGCCCAGUACCAUGGCCGACCCUCGCCUCCAACCACGGAGUCUGGGAAGACAGGAGGAAAAGAGCUGUUUGAGAGCCUGCCGGCCUAAGAGCACGCAUCUCAGAGGACAGUGUUACAGGUUACAAGAAAGGCCCGAGUAUUACUUGUUAGUGUUCCAUUGUGCUUUUUUUCCAAAAGGUUAAAAACAAUGUCUUUAAAAAGAUGUUCCUGUGAAGAUAUAAAUGUUGAAAUUUUU